AUGGCAGAAGCAAUGAAACAGACCGUAGGGUCAAUGUUAAAAGGCAUUGAAAGGUACAAUCCCGACAAUUUACCUACUCUAGAACGUUAUGUUGAAGUCCAAUCUCGAGAGAAUUCGUAUGACUUAGAGGCCAAUUUAGCAGUGCUUAAAUUGUAUCAAUUCAAUCCCCUUAGUUUCAACAUAGAUAUUACUUGUCAAAUUUUACUUAAAGCUCUUACAAAUUUGCCACAUACAGACUUUAUCUUGUGCAAAUGUCUGCUUUAUGAUAAACAGAAAAAAUCGAAGGAAAUAUAG